AUGGAUAUCGCAGACAAUAACACCGCAUUGAUCGAAGGAACAACGGAGGAUAACUGCGAAUUCCGCCACAAUUUUAUAUCGAUCCCUUGGGAUGAACGCACUCGUGCAAGUAAAAUAGGCAUUAUAAUUUUGCUCAGCUCAAUUUUUUUAGGAACAAUGAGUUUGGUUAUACAUAAUCUUGUCAUACAUUACAAAGACUUCGAUCCAAAAGCUUUAAACUCGGAUACAAGCAUAGAUUGCAACUUAGUAAAAGUUGACGCAUAUAGAUAUGUUGCUAGAAUCCGAUCUGUUGUCAACAUGGAGUUAAUCUGUGUUGGGGCUGUCCUGUCUCAAUCUUCAAUAUUAGCGAAUGAGUUGUGUCUGCGGUCUGGGCCGAUUCGUCUCCAUUUGGGCAGUCCUACUGAGCCCAAAUGUAAAAAAGGAUUUCCCGUAGACGCCUUUGAAGUCAUCCCCCACGAGGGCGUUAUCACCAAAGCUCUGGUAAUUCUAACCAGCUUCGAGGACUUCACCAAGUGCGCUGCAUCUAUCAAAAUCGGCGGCAACAUAAAUCUCCAGCGUAAAGCGUACAUAAUAGGCCGACCGUUUCGGGGCGGUCGCUCUUUAUCAUUACAACUAGUCAACAUUGCUAAGCAACCAGCUAACUCUUCGGAAGUGACAAGCUUUCAACAAGACAAGGUCAUAUGCGUCACGGAUCUGGAGAAAUGUCCAGUCAGAGCUGGAGAUCUACUGAUCCAGGAUGGACUCUUAUAUGGCUUGGCGUCAACGAGUAUGAAUAACAGAGGCUUGAAAAAUCUUGUUUGUUUCGCAAACAUCGGCGUUGUUCAUAAGGAAAUAAAGCUACUGGAUGCGAGAGUGGCGUAG